UCCCCUUUGCAAAGUAGGGGUGCCCUCACCUCGCCGAAUGCAUACAGUAAGCAGGGCGGCCAGGGUCCAGUUUAAGCAUCUUGGAACCAGCCAAAGGAGAGGGCACUAUACUCUGCUCUGGGGAAGUUCCCAAUGUCAAGGGCGAGGCAGUGAGGCUCGUGCUCCGGUUUGGACAGCGGAGCCGGAAGAAGUACAUUCAGGGGCCACCAUGGUCAGCGAAUCUCCUGGCGGCCUCUGGAGGCCUGGGCUGCCCGGGGAGGCACUCAACGUGAACGUGGGCGGCGUGCGGCGCCGUCUGAGCCCGCGAGCUCUGGCUCAGUUUCCCGACACGCGGCUGGGCCGUCUGCAGGCUGCUGCAUCGGAGGAGCAGGCCCGUCAGCUGUGCGACGACUACGACCCCGGCAAGCGAGAGUUCUACUUUGACCGGCACCCGGGCUUCUUUCUGUGUCUGCUCCACUUCUACCGCACCGGCCGGCUGCACGUGCUGGAGGAGCUGUGCGUCUUCGCCUUUGGCCAGGAGGCUGAGUACUGGGGGCUAGGCGACUGCUUCCUGGCCGCCUGCUGCAGUGGCCGCUACCAUGAGCGGCGCCUCGAGCGCCACCGGCGUAGCUGGGACGAGGAGAGCGACGUGAGCAGCGUGGACACGUCCCCCGACGAGAUCUCCGACUUCAACCAGGACCUGCAGCGCUAUCGCGCAGCGCGCUGCGGCCAGCUGCGUAAGCGCCUCUGGCUGACCAUGGAGAACCCAGGCUACUCCCUGCCAAGCAAGCUCUUCAGCUGCGUCUCCAUCGGCGUCGUGCUCGUCUCCAUUGCGGCCAUGUGCAUCCAUAGCCUGCCAGAGUACCAGGAACACGAUGAGGACGUGGCCGUGGCCCACCCGCUCUUGUUGCGACUCGAAUACUUCUGCAUCGCUUGGUUUAGCUUCGAGGUGGCCUCCCGCCUGCUGCUGGCCCCAAGCCUGCCCCGCUUCUUCCGGCAUCCCCUCAACCUCAUCGACAUCGUGUCUGUGCUGCCCUUCUACCUCACGCUGCUUGUGAGCGUCAUGCUGGGCCGGUCCUCGAAGCUGGGCAGCAUGGGCAAAGUGGUGCAGGUCUUCAGGCUCAUGCGCAUCUUUCGGGUGCUCAAACUGGCCCGACACUCGACCGGGCUUCGCUCCCUGGGGGCCACGCUCAAGCAUAGCUACCGGGAAGUAGGCAUCCUGCUGCUGUACCUGGCUGUGGGAGUGUCCGUAUUCUCUGGUGUGGCCUAUACAGCUGAAAAGGAAGAAGAUGUGGGCUUUGACACGAUCCCAGCCUGCUGGUGGUGGGGCACGGUGAGCAUGACGACCGUGGGCUAUGGGGAUGUGGUGCCUGUGACUGUGGCAGGCAAGCUAGCUGCCUCAGGCUGCAUCCUAGGUGGCAUCCUAGUGGUGGCCCUCCCUAUCACCAUCAUCUUCAAUAAAUUCUCCCACUUCUACCGACGCCAGAAAGCCCUGGAGGCGGCUGUGAGGAACAGUGACCAGCGUGAGCCCAGCCUUUCUGUAGGCGCCUCCAGCACUGAAGAUGGGGCAUCUCAGGCUUCAAAUGAGACAUCUCGGGAGGGGAACUUCCCAGAGCCCAGGUCCCGAGCAUCAGAUGUGGCCCCUACACCGUAGACUGUGGAUCAUAAGAUUUAGAGUUGGAAGGGACCUUGGAGACCAUCUAGUCUUCAUUUACAGAUGGGGAGACUGAGGCCCA